AUGUCCGAUAAUCCCACAGACGACUUCCUCCAGCUCUUCAAGGAUCUCCCCACAGAGACACAGCACUCCGUCGUCCACGAGCACCUCAUCCCCCUUCUCUCUGUAGUCUCCUCAGACCAGUCUCGCUCCACCCUCGAUGCCCUCUCCCAGCUCGUCAACACCCACCGCGCCGUGCCCUCCCUCGACAUCAAGCAGAUGGAGGCAGAGAUAAACGGUCUCAUCGACGAGCUCGAUCGCAUGUGCCUCCACCCUGCCAUGCGCGACUCGGCAUCGCGCGACGACCUACUACGCGAGUGCGUUGACACGCUCCUCUCGUGGGUCCAGGACGUGUGGCGUACCGUUUGGAUCCACCGCACCAACUUCCGCAUCGCGCAUACAUGCCUACUAUACGCAGCCGACGUAAUCGACCGCGUUGGCACCAUCCGUGCAACCUGUAGAUGCGCCCAUACCAACAUCUUCAUCCCGGUUCGGCUCUCGAAGCCCUCAGGCGAGGCCGUCAAGAGCUGGUCUGUCACUGGCCUUCGUGGCAUCGAGACCGUCCUCUUCUGGGUCUGGCGUGACCUCUUCAUCGGCAUGCUCGCUGAGGGAAAGAAGCGCUAUGACGAUUCGAUCCCUGCCAUGCUCGACGAUAUUCAGCUGCACUUUGGCUACCGGGCUUUGGGGAAGAUUUUGGAUGGGGGCAGGACACGACCGAAGAAAAAGGACGUCGAGUACGUGGAUGGAGACGUCGAUGACCCCGCCGACGCAUGCACAAUUUCAUCCCACCCGUCCCCAUCCUCUUCUCCUGCGUCCGAUCCCGACGUUUCUACGUCUGCACUUUCCUCGAGCUCCACAUCCCAACCCACCGCAUGCACCUGCGCACGCCACAGCGCCCACUGGACCCCCGUCCACACUACCCUCGCCCCCGUCCUCGAAGAAAAAAUGCGCACAGCCCUCGUCGCGAUAUUCAAAACCACACCCUCCCUCGCCAAGUUCGACGCGAUCUACUUCGGCGCGGUGUACGACCGCCCCAGCGCGAUGCGCAGCGCGCUCGCCGCGCUCGACGAGGUGGCGACGCACGGGUCGGACAACUACGCCGCCGCGCUCGCGAUCCACGCGCGCAGGCGCGACGGUGCGGGGGCCGACAAGAUCAAGGAGCUGCUCGAGGGGCACAGCCACCUGCUCAGAGCGAGAGAUUAUCCGGCGUAUCAGCCUGCUGUCCUUGCGCUCCUCCGCUUCUCGUCCGUGUCGUCGUCGGAUUCGCCUUCGACUCCAACCACACCAUCCACACACCGCGCUCUCGCUGCACAGCACAUUCGUACGGAGCUGCAUGAUACCAUCUUCGCCAUCCUUGCCGCCGCGCGCGUCGGAUUUCCGAGCUUGCGCCUGCCCAAGAGCAAACACGACCUCGCGCUCCUCCUCGCGCUCCCGCCCGACGGGCUCGCGCGCCAGACGAAGGUCGAGGAGUGGGUGGACGGGAUCGUGCAGGGCCCUGCGAACGCGGGGCAGCAGAUGCAGGGGCAGAUGGGGUUUGCGCUGGGGCAGGGGCAGAUGAACUUUGGGCUUGGGCCGGUGCAGGGGCAAGCGCAAGCGCAGGGACAAGGCCAAGGGCAGGGACAAGGACAGGGACAGGCGCAGGGGUUUAUGGGUGGGUUCUUUGGAGGCGGCGGAGGCGGUGGGGGGUGGCAGGGGCCGUUUGUGUUGCCGGCGUUUGGAGGUGGAGGCGGUGCCGCUGCCGGUGGAGGUGCUGGUGCCGGUGCUGGUGCUGCCGGUGCUGCUGGAGGAGCGGGAGCAAACGCUGGCGCUGGUGGAGGAGUAGGUGCCGGUGCCGGAGUCGGUGCCGGAGCUGCUGGUGCUGGUGGGAACGCGAACGCGAACGCGAACGCGCCACUUUUCGGCAUCGGAGGCGGAGCAUUCAACCCCGCUACUAUGGCUGCCAUGAUGAACGGUGGUGGCCAAGGUCAAGCCGGCCAAGGCGCUGGUGCCGGCGGAGGCGGCGCUGCCGGUGCAGGUGCAGGUGCAGGUGCUAAUCCCAACCCGAACGCAAACGCGAACGCGAAUGCCAACGCGAAUCCCAAUCCGUUCGCGAUCCUCAACAACCUCAUGAUGGGCCUACAGCCUGGCGCCCCUGCUGCUCCCGCUAAUCCCCCCGCCCCUGGUGCCGCUGGUGCCGGUGCUGCUGCACCUGCCGCGGGCGGUGCCGGAGGUGGUGCAGCUGGCGCUGCUGCAGGCGGAGGAGGUGCAGGUGCGGGCGCGGGUGCAGGCGGCUUCAACGGCCCGAUCGGCGGCUUCGGCGCAUUCCACGUGGGCCCGCUGGACAACGAGGACGAGCUCGCGAUUGUCGACUUUGUCGGCGUGCACGACGGGGACAUCGACAUUGACGAGCACGGAAAUGUGCACGAGUUGCCUGUGGACCCUGUCGACGGCACCGAUGAUCUAGGCGAUGAUCCCGCUGGAGAGGAUGGGGAGGAUGAUGCCGAUGUUGACGACGUUGGUGGCGCGAAUGCCGACGCUGGAGGUGCUGGUAACGGCGGAGGACUCGGAGCGGGAGCGGGUGGGGGCGGGGGUGCGAACGGGUUCGGCUUUGGUGGGUUAUUCGGGGCGAUGCAUCGGCAUGUACGAGUGAAAGCGAAGAAGCACGGGAAGUGGGGCGGCUGGCCCGAGGACGAGGGACGUGAUCUCGCGCUCGACGAUUUGAGGGAGCUGUAUAGGCCACCGUUGCGGGAGCGGUUCACGGCGUGGUUGGAGGCAGCGGCUGAGCUGGACAAGCCUGUGGAGGGGAAGGGGAAGGGCAAAGCAAAGGAGACGGAGGCAGAAACGGAGGCGGAGAAGGAGGUGAAAGAGGAGGAUAGCGAAGUUGGAGAAGGGGAGGCGAUUCUCGCGUCGACGUUCGACCUCAUCGUUGAGCAGAUGCCGUGGGCGAAGGGCGAGGACAUUAUCAAGGAGAUGGUCGCUACUUUACGCGACCGACCGAGCAAAGCCCAUCUCAUCGGCUCUCUCGGUACACUCACGAAAUUCUGCAAAGAGCGCCAGCGGCUCAUCGUCCAGCGCGAGGAGGAACGCGAGAAGCGUGAGCAACGCGCGCUUCAGGAAUUCUUCACUCGAACUCUAUCGCAACCUCAAACCGGACCCCAGUCCGACCCCAGUCCCCAAGCCUCGAGCGAUGCUCUCCUCGCGGAGAUGUUCCACGCUCAGCUCGGCGGCGGCGGCGGCUUUUCGUCUGGUCUGCCUCUCUCAGACGAUGACAUUGAUUUACGGAACGGGGACGAAGACGACCCAUACUUGGGUUUGGACGAGGACGAGCUUCCGCCAUUGCCGCCAUUACCGCAGGCGGCACCUGCGGCGGGUCCUGCUCCCGUGACCCACGGCAGCACCCCCGGCACGCGCGCGUCGAUGGUGCGCGUUGAGCCGACGCCCGAAACGCUCAUUGCGGCUGGUGUGCAUGGGCAGGAUUUGACAUGGUAUGGGGCUCCGCCGGGUGCUGGGGGUGGUGCAGGUGCGGGUGCGGGUGCGGGUGCGGGUGCGGGUGCGGGUGCGGGUGCUGAUGCAGGACCGAGUUCGAGCGUGAAUGCGAACGGGGGAUCGGGGUACGGUGUGAGCAUUGAUGAGGUUGAUUGAUUGAAAGACGAAAGAUGAUACAGUACGAGACGAUUAUUUGAAAGAUAGAUGGUGUAUGUACUGUGCUUGACCGUGUACCUAAUGACUUCUUGGUUCUUGCUGUUUUUUCUUGACA